AUACCACUUUCCACACUUGUAAUCAUCAUAAAAAUGAAUUUCGCACUGGUGCUGUUUGUGAUUUUUCUCUCCAAAGUGGAUUCGUGGCGUUGGUACCCCAGCAAGUACCGACUUUCCGGACAAGUCCGACCUUUGUUUUACUCAAUCAAGAUUCGACCGAACUUGGAUGAGAGAAUUUUCUCCGGCGAAGUCCAAAUCCAUGUCAGAGUUGAAACCACGCUGGAAUUCCUCGACUUCCACGCCGCUGAUUUAACAAUCCAGAGUAUUACUUUUGACGGACGAAACGUCGCAAAUUGUUGGUGUAAUCGUGGGCAGAAGUGGGUUUAUGGUUUUGAACCCAACGAUCUCAUCCGGAUUUUUGGGGUGGUGCCGCCCGGAAACCACCUGAUCCGGGUUAGAUAUUCCGGGAAUUUCGCCAGUGAUAAUAGCCAUGGGUUGUUUCUGGCUGGGUUUGGUGACAAUAACACCGUUUCAAAUCAUUUGUUAGGGACUGAUUUUGAACCGACUUUUGCCCGGAAGGUGUUUCCUUGCUUGGACGAACCGGGGCUUAAAGCCCCCAUUAAGCUGGGGGUGGUGGUACCCAACCGUACCUUUAAUGCCAUUUCUAACAUGCCGGUCAUGAAAAUUGAGGAAACUAAAGACGGGGUUUUGUACAAGUUUCAAACAACCCCUCCAAUGUCCACUUAUCUCUUAUCAUUCGUCGUCUCAAAGCACUCCUACAAGGAGUUUUACAACAAAAUCCCUUACAGAAUCUACAGUUCAGACAUCGAAAGCGACAACAAAACCUAUCUUCUUGAGUUCGCAAGCCAAGUCAUCGAUUUCUACACAAAAUACACAAAUCAAAGUUACACUUUACCAAAAAUUGAUUUGGUCGAAUUCGAGCGAGAGGACAGCACAGCGACCGAAAACUGGGGCCUUAUCACCCUCAAACCCGGCCUUUUAUCCUCAAAAGAGGACGUUUUUGACAAUCCUCAAAAAUACGCAGUGAUCGCGCACGAACUGGCCCACUUCUGGUUUGGAAAUCUCGUAACAAACAAGUGGUGGAACGACAUUUGGCUACAGGAAGGUUUCGCCACUUUUAUGUCAAUCAAAGCCGAGGAGAAAAUCCUGAACAACAGUGCUGAGCUGUUGUUUUCGAGCACGUAUUUGGAGGAGGUUUUCUGGGCCGAAGCGAGCAACAAAACCACCCCGAUUGUGAACUAUGAGGAGUUUCCGGACAAUAUAAAAAAAAAUUUCAACGAUGUUACGUACAAUAAAGGGGCUGCUGUUUUGCGAAUGCUGGAAAUGGUACUUGGGGAGGAUUUUCGUGCCGGAGUUGUAAAAUAUAUCAAAGAUUUUGCCUUCAAAACGGCCACGACUAACGACUUUUUGGCCAUUUUUGACCAAGUCAGGCCCGGGCUCGAUUUGCGCGAUUUUCUGGAAAGUUAUUUGUACCAAACUGGGUAUCCGCUCAUUUCCGUCGAAAACAGACAAGACAGGUAUGUUUUGACCCAACGAAAUUUGGGCCACUGUACCGAAAAUUUGAAGUGGACGAUUCCGCUGACUUACAUUACCGAUUCUGACCGAAACGCCACUCUUGUCUGGCUCGAUAGAGAUGUGGAAAAAUUGGAGAUAUUGAAAAAAGACGAAAGUUGGAUCAAAUUCAAUCACCAACAAAUCGGUUAUUACCGCGUCAAGUACUCCCCUGAUUUGUGGAAUAAUUUACUAAAUCACACUGAGGAAUUGGAAGACUUCGAACGUGAUCACUUGCUCCUAGAAGCCACCUCUUUAUUCGAUUUGAACGUGAUUUCGUGUGAGAUUCCGUUGAAGUUUUUACAAAAGUUGGCCCCGAUUGGUGAUUUUAACACGGAUAAUGCCUUCAUUGUGUAUUUAAAACUAGCCAAAAUAAGAAAAGUUGACGAAACAGCUUUCGAAAAAUUAAAGGAACUGUUUCAGGAGGUGUUGGAACAGGCGGGAAAAAAACAUAAAAUGAGGAGUUUCGAUGAAAAUUUGCUCGAAAAUGAGGAAGACGUAGAAAGGACGAAACAGUUACAGGAUUGUGUCGAAUGGCUAAAGUCGCCCCAAGUUUAAGUUAAUUGAUUAAUUUUGUACUUAAAAAAUAAAGUUUUGGUUUAAUUAGCA